CCAAUAUGGAAGUGAAACGUAUGACAACCGCUAGAGGAAACUAGGAAAUAAAUAACUUGCAAUUUUGUUUUCAGCCUUAAUUUUUGGUGACCAAGGAUGUCAACAGGCCGCGGGCGCGGCUACACGGGGCGACACCACUUGCGCGAGCCCCGGCCCGGCGCGCCCGAGCUGGCCGAGGAGGAGGCGGCGCGGACGCUGGCUGAACUCAGCCCUCGCUCCACCGGCACUCCUACGACAGUAAAAAUGGACGCUAACAAGGAAAAAAGUAAAGAAUGUGACGUCAUUGAAGAAAAACAUAAAGAAGAGAAAGUAAAAGAAGUCCCCGUCCCAAAGCCGGAGAUACAAGGAGUCAAAUACCACAUGAACACAGAGGAUGAUGUGAUGAUGAAGGAAUUGCUUUGUGUUGAUGAGCAGUACGCCCCGUUGCUGGCUUUGUUAGAACAAUUCUCCCCCGGCGAGGAUGGUAUACAGUUCAACAGAAAGCUGCGACACUUCGAGUCGACGGUCACCAACAUGUGCACUGACGAAGCUAAACUACACCAAGCGUUCUCGUCGUUCCGCGCGGCGGCGCUGGCCAGCGCGGUGUCGGCGCGCAAGCUGGCGGCCGUGGGCGCCUCCUUCACGCGCCAACAGCGCCAGCAGCUGCUGCGGGCCGCGCUGCUCAACGUCGUCAUGCAGGGGACCUUCGCCAAGUUGGACCUGUUAGAGCGGGCUAAUCCUACGUACCUGAUAAACGCAGCCAACCUUAUGGGAGAUUAUUUUGCUGAGGCGCGUCUUUGUAACGGUAACAAGGUGCAUAUCCUGGCGUCCCCCUUACUGCAAUACCUACGCGCACUGCUUCAUAGCGACGACAUACGAGCACACCGCAGCCUCGCCACCCAGCUAAUGCAAAACGGUCGCGAGCUCCUGUCAGUGCUAGCGACGGAGCUGGACGACCUGUCCAUUUCCAUCCGCCUUCGUCUUCUCUCCCCGCCGCCUGUCAGCAUAAUAUGGCUGCUGUUGUCAGCUGAUCUGUGUCUGAACAAAUUCCUCCCACUGCCCAACACGCUCCAGCAGUUCUACGCCGCCCAUCUCGAGUUGAACACUGAGGAGAAUUACAGUGAAGUCAGCUACGGUCCGUGGAAGAAACCUGAGAAGGAUGGUUACAGGUCGGACAGCUCAGAAACAGAGAAAGCGAGCCAGAACUUGUCUCAGAUCAGUUUGAACCAUGAGGAAGACCAUAAACCCAAAUUGAGACCGAUAUUAGGCGCAGGUGCCGGUCUCUUGCGACAGGAGCAAGCCACUAUUAGCCAAGACUCCUUCGACACUUGGACCACUAAAAGCAGUUUAACCAAAAGAUAUGAUUUAAAUUCCUGGAGGCAAACAGAGGAAGAGAAAAGUGAAGAAUCCGAACCGGUUUACAAUCCCACUGUUCUGCCACCGACCAUCCCACCGUUCCCACCACCAGUCACGGUGCCAGACUUUCCCCCACCCACAGUACGGUACAACAACUUCCAACAGGAAAACUUCCCCAACUACCUGCAACAGGGAGAUGGGGCAUACAUACAAAAUCAGUAUCAGAAUAAUCCUAACUUCACCCCACAAGGAGACUUCGCCUACCCAAAUGACCGGCAAAGCUUCGAGAAAACCUACCCAACAACACCACAAGAAAAGAACCAAGGUGACUUCGUUGCUCAAUACCCACAAAACGACAGACCCCUGCCGGAACGAGUCAACAACGAAGUCCAGAAAAACUCAGCUCGGAGACCGAUUGAGAACUGGAGGAAAGAGAAACCCGAACUAAAAGAAGACCCUAAUAAGAACCGUCCCAAAAACUGGACCAGGCAACGGUCUAAAGACAAUGUUAACGAUGAGGAAAAGGAGAGUGAAAAGUUCAAAAAUAGGUCGGUGAGCGCUCGUCCAGGGGCAAGGUUGAGCAGACGUAACAGUUCAGAGUCGACCGAGCCAGUGACUCCAACGAACCCGAAGGCCCCACCAGUCCGGAGACAUGUCACUGAGGUACCGAGGAACCACAAGUAUUGGGACCACGAUGAUCGGUGUGACAAGGAUUACAACAGUUAGUGACGUGUAGUGUUGCUAGCUUAAUUGCAGUGUCGCGAUUUUGAUGUGAUUAUUCGAUAGUUCAACGUUGGUGCCUAAAAAUUGAUUUUAGACUAAAUACCUAAGUUUUUUAUACCUACAACUAUGAUAAGUACAGUUUUUAAGGAAGUGUUAAGCGACUGUGUCGUUUUUUAAUUGCUUCAAUGGCGUAUAGGACAUAAAAACCUGCACUCAAUAAUACAUACUUCAUGUAGCCAAUUUAUUUAUGAACACAAAUUCAUAAUUUAUUCAAAUUCUUCUAUCGUGUGGGUUGGGAGGUUACUAACCCCAUCAACCUUGGUGUCAGGGUUAUUAUUGAGCCGCCAUAGGCCCCUGACAUGACUCAUGUAACGACUACGUACUCUAAACUACAGUACCAACGUGCUCGUUUAUUCAAAUUAAGAAUGAGAGACUUUCCUAAGUUCCCCAAAAACAAUAGAGAUGGCGCUGUACGGUGACGAGCACUAAUAUGAUACACUUUGAUACCGUGUCACAUAAACUUUUUUGACAUAAUAAAAACGUAAGUCUCAUUAAAUGUCAAAUAUGAUAGUGCGACAGGGUUCUAAAGUGGGUACAUGAUAUUACUCAUGACUGUAAAGUUUUAUAAUGUAAUUGCAGAAGCAUAAUAUAAUAAAAUAAAAUUUUUAACAAAAAAAAAACCGACUUCAAACGCAAAACUAAAAAGCAAUAAAUAAAUUUACUUCGCACAAAGUAAUUAGUACGUAUUUUCAAUUAGUUAAUUAUUUUAUAAUUCUGAAGCCGGUGCCAAGGAAAUGCUACAACGAAGUA